CUGGUCACUUUAGGUACUGCUGACUGGCGAGUUCGCGCAAACGGAGUCCAGAUCGGACUGACAUUCGACACUCUCCGCUGCUCCUUUUUCCUCCUCCUUGCGCGUAUAUUCGCCGCAUUGUCCAACUCGUGGACCGGACACGUGUGCCUGAACCGGACAUGUGCUAGUGCAUGUUCUCUAAAACAAAUGCAUCAAUGUAACUGUCCCUCCGAGGACGACAACUAUUGCUACCUCUGCUGCGGCAGUGCUACACAGAGCUGUCAGCCGGCGCAUUUGUACGGGAUAUUAAAGCCAAACGGAGAAACGUGGGAAAGGGACACGUGCCGCCGAUGUCGCCACAUGCCGAACGGGAUGCCGUGUGACGACAAGAGUCAACGUCGAGUGUGUGUCAAUGAGCGAUGCACCGGAAACGUGUGUCGCAAUAGAUCAGAGGGACGCUACUGCGAUCUGCUCAACAGCCGGCUGUGCGUCGAUGGCGACUGUCGGGACCCCUGCGGUGACCACUGGUCACAAUUAGUCACUUGCGAGUGUGACACGCUGGCUAACCGGUGUGAACUCUGUUGUUUUGACUUCAGGACAAAGCAGUGUGAAAGUGCGUUUCGCAAAUAUGGCAUCGGCAAUCGCAAUGGCCGGCCCAUCAUUCGCAUUGGACUGUCGUGCAACCGCAACCAUCACCUGUGCAACCGAUACGGGAAAUGUGCGGCCACCGUCCCUAAGAAUUCAAAGAUUCUUUUAAAAGCAAUCUCUCACAGAUGUGAGUUCGAAAUAGUUUGGAGUUAA